AUGGUGCUAUUUGGACUCGGGAUACUGCUUGUCUCUGUUUCGGUGAUCAUAUACAGGUAUCAGUCAACCCGGCACUCGGCAUGGACUGGAAAACAAGACCCAGGGAAGAGCGGCGCAGGAUCGCCAAUCGCAGAACUAGAAGACGACGACGAUGGAGCCAAAACCAGACCCGAAAUCCCUACAUUCACGCUCGAUGAGGAAGGAAGUAAUAAAGAUGCUGCGCCUGGCGACAUUCAGAAGGACAUACAAGCCACGAAGUCGAAGCCAUCAUCUCGUCUGGGCACGUCUCCUCCACCACCACCAUCCUCCAUAAUGCCACCGCCCCCUCGACCGAGCCCAAACGCCAAGCGAAAACCGGAACCUUCCCUCAUGCCACCUCCGCCAAUCCCCGCACCCACCCCCCGAGCUCCUCCUACGCUCUCAACAACCCUCCGACCACCCCCUUCGACAGCUUCUACCCUCCGCGCUCCACCCUCCCGUUCUCUUGCACCACCAACCUCUUCCCUGUCGACCUCCACCCUCUCCCCCUCCGCGCGCCCCUCCAAGAAAGUCCUCCUCGACCCCGGCCACUCCCCCCUCGACUGGGCGCACCUGACCGCCAAUCCUCCCACCCCUACGUUCCUCCGCGGCGCCGACGUACCGCCGCAGCUCAUACGGGUACCGCCUUCGGCGCUGAAAUGGCAUCAUGGGCGCAAAGGGAGGGAUGCGUGGGGGGUGUGGCAGGGUAAGGUAUAUAAUCUGACGCCGUAUAUGAAAUUUCAUCCGGGAGGGGUGGGGGAGUUGAUGAGGGGGGCGGGGAAGGUGGCGCAGGGGGAGAAGCUGUUUAAUGAGAAGCAUCCGUGGUGGCGGAUCGAGCCAGCUCCAAGCUCGGCGAAGAGUACAGCCAUCAAUCCUCAGAUUUCCCAAAGCUCAUAG